AUGAGUUUUGGUACUAGUAUAGUUGUCGCGAAACCUGAGCCGGAGAAUGGGACAAGACUACGGCAGCUUGGAAUCAGACGCGCGGGGAGACUGUUUGUUGGGGGCUUUGAAGAUGGACAUGAAUUCCGCCGCAGAUAUUCAGACAAGAUUUUUCAUUAUGAUUGUCGGGAUGAGGUUUGGAUUGAAGAGAUACUACCAAGGCGAAUUCAUCUGGAGUACUAUGAUGACUUAAAGGAGCCUUCUUUGUUGGGUAUACUUCCUAAUGAAAAGAGGGUAAUAUAUGAUAGUGCGAAAAUUAUGCGACAUAACAAAAUAUACCUGUUUGAUCCCUCAACUGAAGAGUGGGAAAAGGUUGACAUUGAAUCGUCGUCGUCAUCAUCAUCAUUUAGCCUUGAAGAUUCGUGCUAUUUCGAGGAGAAUAUCAUCUCGUUCGGCCCGAAAGACGAUGAUGCACCUCCAACCCUAAUGAAGAUAGGUAAGAGAGGCAUUGAUGAUGGUUGUUGCUUGAGAAGGAACGAUUAUACCCAAUUUCUGGACUUUUGUAGGUUUUGCAUCACUGGGCUUUGCUACUUUUCGCAGGAUAAACCCAUUGGAAAGAGUAAAGCAGUGUUGUUUGUCAAGCACUUGUUUCCUGUUUUCGAUGAAAUCAUGGCAUCUGGAGGAAGUGCAUCAGUAAGCAUCGAUGAGUCAACUGCCGCCAUCUCUGAUUAUUGCUCUGCCCUUGAAAGUGAAGAAUCUGUUGAUGAUAAAUUCGGGAUGCCGUUGAAUUCUGCUAUUUAUGAGUUACUAGAGUGCCCAAUCUGCAUGCACUUAAUGUAUCCUCCAAUCCAGCAAUGUCCAAAUGGCCAUACCUUGUGCUCAAAUUGCAAGUCUAAGGUCCGCUGCUGCCCAGUUUGUGAACAUGAACUUGGAAACAUUAGGUGCUUGGCAUUGGAGAUGGCUGCAGAAUCACUUGAUUUGCCGUGCAAAUACCAGAUGUUUGGCUGCCGGUAUAUAUUCCCUCACCAAAUGAGGCUCAACCAUGAGGAGGUUUGCCAAUUCCGCCCUUACACCUGCCCUUAUGCUGGAACCGACUGCAAUGUCACUGGUGAUAUCCCUUAUCUUGUUUCACAUCUCAAAAGAGAUCAUAAGGUUGAUAUGUAUAACGGGGCUUCUUUCAAUCAUCGAUAUGUCAUGUCCAAACCCCAAGAAGUUCAGAACGCCACAUGGAUGUUGACUGUUUUCAAUUGCUUUGGCUACCACUUCUGUUUACACUUCGAGGCUUUUCCAUUGGGUAUGGCCCCGGUUUACAUUGCAUUCCUGAGAUUCAUGGGGAGUGAGGAAGAUGCCCAAAAGUUCAAUUACAGUUUACAAGUUGGUGGAAAUGGUAAAAAGUUAAUAUGGGAAGGAAUUCCAAGGAGCAUACGAGACAGCCAUAGAAAAGUUAGAGACAGUUUAGAUGGACUGAUUAUCCAAAGAAACCUGGCUCUCUUCCUCUCUUCUGUUCCUGAUAGGCAGGAGGGAGAGGAGCUGAAGCUAAAACUGACGGGUCGUAUAUGGAGAAAUAACAUAUCAUAA